UAGACGACUUUGCUCCUCGAGACGCGCAGACAAUGAUACAUGGCUUCGCAGCUGUAGUUCGUGCGAUAGCAAUCGAUACUAGACUGCGGUAUAUAAUAAAUUCAAAUGCAGCUGGCCCAAACGAACCCGAGCGCCAGCAACUGUUUUUUUUCUUUCGAUGAGUAACAACUCCUGAACCGAAGCGACCCAAAUGACGGCUCACAGCCUGCGUUCCCUUCUGUUCUGUCUAGCAGGUGCACUGCUGGCAGAGUUGCAGUCGGACCUCCACCUCCCAAACAAGACUGCAAUUUCCUUCUUUUUAUGAAUUGUAAAAGUACUAUCGCACACUCACACAGCUGCAGUAAUUGUAAAUCGCAUUACCAUUAGAGCGUGACAGCUGGAUGAAUUUGUCAUGCUGAUAAUUCACCUACUUGUACUUGAAAAGUAGGAGAUUUGUCGUGUGUCAUCAUGACAGCAAUUACUACAACGAGUGCGAUAUUACUUUUGCACAGGAUACAUUUUUGCGUCCGCCGAAUCGUUACACCAGUUGCUUCGGGAUGAGAACAGCAUCAGCGGGCUGGAUAGGAGCAGCAGCAAGGACGACGCCCCCGCCUCGUCUUCCUUUCGCACCACCGGAGGAGCAUCUUCAAACCACCACCGUCACCAAUACACCACCGAGAGCAAGGCCGCAAAAGAGGAAAACAGCGGGCGUCACGGGAACAACGUUUUGAUCCAACUCGGGGCUAGUGGCGCUAUCGGGUACACGGAAACGCACGUAUUGCCGGCGGACAGUGCUGGGACGGGCGGAAGUGCGGGUGCUUCUUCUGGAAGUAGCACGGAAAGCGAAGAAGAUCAGAAGGAGAACUGUCCAACCGAUGACCGGGCGAACCAGGUGGUGAAGGACCAGCCGGUCACAGAUUGCAGUGGGGAAUAUGCAAUGGAAAAUUUGUUUAUAAUCCUGUACGAAAAAACGCAAUACAAAUUUUGACACAGAGGUAGAAAAUUGUUGUCAUUCUGAUGUUCGUCCAGAACGAGAACAAGGUACGUAUCGGGAAUAAACAAAAAGAAGUAUCUUCAUCGGAGAUACUGGGCAAAAAUGUCGUUUUCGCGUACAGAUGAUUCAUAUUUUUUUCUACUGGAUACAAUUGUCACGUUCAAGAUGUUGGAAGCAAAAGGCGCGUUUUCCCACGUGAUCACACCGACACCGUGUGUAUGCUGGAACAUAAAGGCUUUCUGGAGUCGGGAGAGGAAUCUCAUGCUUGAAGAUUGAAGGAGAUGAACUGCUGCAGUUCAUCUACUUCUAAUUACGUCACGAGAUAAGGUCUGUAGAACAUUAAAGUCGUCAAGUCUGCAAGGUGGGAUGAGCAAAGUUGUUGUACUUGACAUUUAGCAUCUAAAUGCGCAUGGCCCAGUUAUGGUGCAUGACAAAGACAAAUUCCGCUCCAUUGACUCGAAAGUUUUCCCACCAUAUCCCGAAUUUCGGAAGAUCAAGGCCUUUGCGAAAGUAUAGCUGAUAGCUCUUCCUCUUGGUGCUGUUUUUGAUCUCAUCUAGGCAUGCCGAGUCGCCGCGCACAAAAAGUCAUCAUUUAGUGCCUACUUAGUACACCUCCUACGAUGAAAUUAGAAAACCUAAACCACACACUCUCCAGGCGAACGAUCUCCUGCUCCUCGUCAACUUCUACGCCUCCUGGUGUCCACACUGUCAGCACAUGAUGCCCGUUAUUUCGCACGCCGCGGACUUGGUGUCCAAGUUGGUGGCGAAGAAAGUGUUGAUUUAUCAAAAUUGGAAAAUUUACUUCAGUCAUCGUGCCGAGUAGAAUUGAAGUGAGGCAGUUUGCAUGUUGACGCGCGACUCGUUGAUGCACUUUGUCAUGGUCUACUUGUACUUCCUGUGGGGAGUAGUUGUUUGACUCUAGUUCUUUGUAAGGGCACUAAGCAAGAUUUGUACAGAGCACACUAACAAAAAUAAUCUGUCAACAUGUUAUGCAGCGUUAAUAUUGUCUACUUCCGCCCCACUCUAAUUUCAUCUACGAAGAACUCAAGACGAAUGACACCCGCUUUCUCGCCCUCUUUUCCAUACUCCCGUCGCGAUGGACUGCGCGGACUCCACCUGCUCGCAUGGACCCCACCAUAGGGGGGGUCCAGCGGGACUUUGGCGGGACUUGGAUGGCCGACCGUUUUUCUGGUCGGAAAAUCGGCCAUUUUAGCUCGGGCGAGCCGCUUCAGAAACCAAGUCCCGCUGAAGUCCCGCUGGACCCCCCCUAUCUGCACCCCGGACCCGUUUUUGGGAGGCCUCCGGCCCACCAUAGCGGGCGGGUAAGCCUCCAAUUGGUGCCCAAAAAGCUGUCCGCGGCAACAUCUGCGGACGCGGGCCAUACCAUGCGCCCUCGCGCCAGCACCGGGCGGAUUCCGGCUCCUCCGGGAGACAAAUUGGGGGGCCUCCACGCCCUCGGAAAAAAGUGCGCGGACUCCCGGGGGAGACAGGCGAGGCAGAGGGCCCGUUCCGCUGUACCGAAAAGGCCGGCAUCCGGGCCACCCUUCCGGGCCGCCGCCCCCUUCCCGGCCCCCCCUAUAGGCCCUCCGCCUUCCCGCCAGCUUCCCACCCCCCUCUCUCUUCCUUUCCGGCCCCCAUCCCGGUCCGGAAUGGUCCUCCGGCGGGCCGCACGCAGUCGCUGCGCAUCUGGUCUGAUUUCUUCCAUCUUGCUUUGGCAGAUGGAGAAUCAACGCAAUUCGCUGCCAAUUUACGCACCUACUUUCCGUAUACUUUGCAAGUACCGCACGAGACCCGGAAGGCUUCACAUUAGCGACCCUUCCAGCUCUAACCGCUUUCUCCCCCUCUUUUCCAUACUCCCGUCGCGAUGGACUGCGCGGACUCCACCUGCUUCGAAAGCACAGUAACAAUACCCUAUAUACUACACGGCAAGAAAUGCGAUUGACGCAUGGCCCGAUUUCUACUAGUAAAAUCUUUACUAGUAACAAAAAUCCGCAAAUUCUUACUAGUAAAAAACGUUACUAGUAAAUUUAACGGGACAGGCGAGCAAAAAUUCUACUAGUAAGGCUACUAGUAGAGAGUUUACUAGGAGAAAGCUUACUAGUAGAAAACUGCCUCGCGGGCCGGUUCGCCCCGAGCUUCCGCCAAGGAGCUCGCCCGCGCUGCUGGCUUCCCUUGCCCCCUGUGGAGGACCUAGCGCCGAGCAACCCGUGCCUUUGUGGUAGCGCGGGACGUGGCGCUCGUUCCCGGGAAAAGGGGGCGCAGACGUGGGCGGGCGAGUGCUUCUUUGUUUUGCAGCCCCACCGCCUUGGGGGCGUAACUGGAAUGACGAGCAGCCGCCCGUAAGGCUCGCAACUUGGGGGGGUGCUCGCAAAUUGGGAACAUCCCGAACGGCCCGCCCCCUCCCAGGGUGGGGUCAUGGUCACAGGUGUCUGUUCUUUCUGUGUCCCGGACCACUGCUGCUCCUGGGGCCUGGGGCUGGCCGCUGGCACGCCUUUGUUCUUAUCUAGGGGACCCAGCAGGCGCCCGGAAACGCCCUACGCCUGUAGGGUUCUCGCCCCCUCCCCUCCCCUUCCUACUAGGAAAUCGGGCCCAUCGCUUUCUUGUCUACUCCAUACCUCUCCGGCGGUCGCGGAGCGACCGCCCGCGCUAGAUACAACUAGAACUACAAUCUGACAUGUUAUGCAGCGUGACAGCUUCACCACUCCCAACUAUAUACCUACCACGAACUCCAGACGAUGACACCUACGUUUCUCCUCCUCUUUUCCAUACUCCCAUCGCGAUGGACUGCGCGGACUCCACCUGCUUCGAAAGCAUGUGCAUAUGGAAGCGUCAGGUUUGAAAUCGUCAAAGUUGAAAUAAUCUGUAAUGCAUAAAAUGCAUGAGCCGAGGCGCGUGUGUUGCAGAGCAGGCAAGUGAGGCCGAUUGUAAGCCUGUUUGGGGUUACAGCUCGAGCUGCUAAAGUAGCAUCAGAAAAUCGCUCUUCUUUGCCUAAACAGCAUGACAGACUGGAUUUAGGGACCGCCGAAAUUUGUCAUGCGCCACUUGGAAACUGGGUUCCAGCUGGCAUCCAUUUUAUGCAUGGCAAAUUAUUUCAACUUUGUCGAUUUCAACUCUGACACAUCCAUAGUGCACGGCGGCCCCCUAUACCAUCCAAUCGUUCCCGACGUUCUACCUGUUUUUCCCCGAGGUUGCAAACGGGAACCUCUCGUGCUUCGAAACCGGCGAUAUCAACUGCAAAAGUGUCUGGGUCUGGAAGAAUGCAGGAGUUUGUCAUGCAGAUUUUGCAUGACCCGUGAGGUCUGUGAUGCAUGCCCUAGCAUCAGAGAUUCUUCGAGGGCUCUCUGAUGCUUCUACCGGAUGAGAAAUGCCCCCGCCGCGUAGCACAAAUUGCGCCUCUUGUGCUUUUCAUGCAAUACAGAUUUUAUGUAGAGUCCAAAGCUCGCAUCACAAGCUCCAACUUUCCAGACCCAGACACUUUUGCAUCUGAUAGGCGAGCUCGCCGCCGCGGCGGGCUACAUCUGGCAGAAAACGUUCGGUGGCAGCGACGGGAACUGCACUGAAAUGAGUGUUAUCACGUGCAAAAAUGCCUGGGUCUGGAAGACUGUAAACUUGUCAUGCGGGUUUUCCAUGACCCAUGAGGUCUGGAAUGCGGAUUCUAGCGCGACAGACUCUCUGAGGUCUCUGCCAUGCCUAUCCUGCAUGGGAAACUCCCGCCCAACUUGGUCGAAAGUGGACAGCUUUUGGCACGCAUGCAACACAAAUUUUUGCAUGAUUCGGAUUUAGCAUGACAAGUUGCGAUCUUCCAGACCCAGACAUAUUUGCAAUCCAUAAGCGUGCAACCGGUACCACGAGGAGGCUUUGAAGAUCCACUGCAGUUCAUGUUGGAGGGCGCGACCUUUCGGAGUGGGGACCAUGUCGCCAACUGGCUCGCUGCCUACAGCUACGUACUUGUGUUUUUUUUUUUUUGUUGAAGGUCAUGAUUUUUUCAUUGCAUGACAGCGAUGCUUUGUCACUGUCCUCCAUGAUCGGUUUCGGUAUGCAUGAUCAAUACGAAUACAGUACAUACUGAGGAACUGGUACUAGUACAGAAAAAUCAUCUUUAUGUCAUUCACAUUCUCAUUUCCAGGUCAUGGGUGGCAAAUCUAUCCCGGCGGUGAUUCGCGGAAACCUGGAGGCCGUCGGCGUGAAUUAUCUCUCUCUCCGAACUCCCUUAUCCUGUGCAAAACAAAGUAUCGUACUCGUAGUAAUCGCAGCCAUGCAUUAGUACAAAUCUCGAUCCCAAAGUGAAACAGCGUGACAAACUCCAUUUCUCAUGCUGAGUGAAUUUGUCAUGCGAUUUUUACUGGUGCGAUACUUUUGCAAUGCACAUCCCUCCACAAACGACGAGAAUUUUCUGCAAACCUACAUCACGGGCAAACCAUUCAAGGACGGAUGGGCGGUGUACACAGACGUGGUUGGGCUGCUCGCUGUAUGACAGUGCACAACUACUUCCCCUUCCCCUCAUUUGAUGUCAUGCAAAACCCCAAAUCCAAGCGUUUCCCUCCUGUGGCACUGUCUGCAUGACAAAUUCCGGAAGGGGCCCAAACAGUACUUUGCUAGAACUGCAUGAGUUUGUCAUGCGUAGGCUCCACGUGUGAUGGCGCUUGUAUUGCUGUUCAUGCAAUACGAAUGAGGGGUUGGAGGCGGAGUUGUGCACUCUCAUACGCUGGCUCGCACGGGAAGCUGACCCCGCCAGAGGAGAAGCGGUUGUCCAUGAUCCGAUCGCAGUAUCAAAUGUAAAAAUGUUGUCUGAGUCUGGAAGAAUGCAACUUGUGAUGCUAACUUUGGACUCUAAAAAAAUCUGUAUUGCAUGACCAGCAAGAGGCGCCCAGUUUGUGCUACGCGGGGAGGGCAUUUGUCUUGCGGGAUAGGCAUCAGAAAGGCCUCCAGAAAUAUGUGAUGCUAGAUCAUGCAUUACAGACAUCCUGAGUCAUGCAAAAUAUGCAUGACAAACUUGGCAACCUUCCAGACCCAGACAUUUUUACAUUUGAUACGCAGGAGAGGGAGCUGAAAGCGCACCCCACGAUCACCAUCCGCAGUCCGGCGCGGCUGGCCCAGGAGACCCUGCUGUCGCUGCUGUUCUUCUUGUCGGACGGGUUCGAACUCGCAAUUGCCGGCGACAACACCGCUCUGGAAAAGCAGCAAGCGUACCUGCAGGUCCUCGCGGUCAUGACGGAGUUGGCACGGAAAGCCGACGCGUUUCAGAAAGCGCAGGACCCAGCAGGACAAGCUGCGACCCUUGGCGGGGCCACGAGAAGCUCUACUGCAAGCGGAGAAAGCAGUGCGGAGCAAUUAUCGCAGAAGACCUCUACCUCUGGCAGCAGUGCGACCGUUUUCCUGACCACAAGCCCUCCGGACCACGCUAAACUACACCUGUCGCAGCCCUCGUCGCUCGACUUUGGCGGCGGGAUCAUUCCGGGCGGGGAUGCGAUGAACAGGCGGGGGGAUGUGUCUUCCUCGUCCUUCGUGCAGACGCGGCUGCAGAAGAAACACCAGAAGAAGGAUCGUCGGGAACAGGAAUUUUCGAACCUGAGUUUCACCGCGGACAGUGCGGAAUCUGCACAAGUAUCUUCGGAGGAGAGCAGUGGAACUGAAGAUGCGCAAGCGGAUCUUUUGUCCCUCCUGAACAGUUUGAACACGACCUUGCCGACAAUUCUGCGAAGGCCGGAGUGCACAGAGCAAGACUUUGAUACUUCGACGUCAGAUGAGCAGAUAAAAACGGAAACAAGCGCUGCUGCUUUUGAGACGGCCUCUUCUGGCAGCGCUGCUGCGCCAGCAACCAUUGCAGCCUCUUCACCUACUUCUUCCGGCGGUGCCCACGAGUGCCUGAAGCUGCUGAAAAAGGACUUACACCUGAAAAUCCGGGGCGAAACGGCCGACGGGAAGCGGGGAGAAAAGGCCAAAUCCCCGCGGUUUGGCCUCAGCCAGACGAGCAUGCUGUGGGCGGUGUUUCACCUAUGCAUUGCAAAAGUAUCGUGCUCGUACUAAUUGCGUUUAAGUAUGCAUUACAAAUCUCCAUCCCAAGGCAAAACAGCAUGACAAAUUCCAUAUGUCAUGCUGAGCAAAUUUGUAAUGCAACUCAUACUAGUGCGAUAAUUUCGCAGUUCAUAUCACCUGGUCGCGCACAAUGUCGGGGACCCAACUGUGGCGUUCGAAUUCAUGGACAAAAUCAUGGAGCACUGGAUAUAACCCGCUCAGGUGUUACAAUCUCAAACGUUACAAUAGAGUCUGAGACUUUUCUUUCAUGAUGAGCAUGACAGACUCGCAGAUCGUUCCACUUUCUGCAAUACAAAUUUCGCCAGAUUGUGGUGGGCUUUGGGGCUCCGGAUCUUGUCAUGCGCAAUCCUAUGAGAGUUGGCUAGAUAAUGCACUCUUGCAUCACAGAUUGCCAUGUUCUAUUGUAACGCUUGAGAUUGUAACACGUGAGCGGGUUAUACUGGAUGCUGUGCGCGCAGUGCCGGACCCACUACAUCGAGCAGGGCAGUACGCACUGCAAAAGUAUCGUACUAGUUCUAGUAGUAAUCGCAAUACAAAUUCUCUCAGCAUGACAAAUGGAAUUUGUCAUGCUGAUUUUCCUUGGGAACCAGAUUUGUAAUGCAUAAUUGCGAUUACUACGAGUACGAUACUUUUGCAUUUGAUAGGCAGGCCCUUCCUGCAAAACGUAGUUUCUGCUGCAACUGCUACUUCUACUUCUUCGGCGGCAGAUGCGAGUACGGUUUUUCCUGUCGCCCUGUGGCAGUUCCACAAUCUGGUAUCCACCCGCAUUGCGAAGGAGUCGACGCAGCGGGAAUGCGACUUUGCGGAGGAUGAGGAUUUCGUACGGAACAACGGGCACGACGAUCCCGCCAGCAAGACGAUAUGCAAUAAAGAUUUUGAUUUCCCGCACACGUGCUACAAAAUGCAUCACAAAUUUCACCAAAAACAUUUUAGAAGAAGUUUUUACAACAUGUCACACUGCAGAGAUCGGAAGGGAAUGGGAAAGUUUCUCAUGCGGAAGCCACAUUUGAUAUACGUGUGCGGGAAAAUGAUAUUUUCUGUGGAUGGAAGAACCACAAAGACAAGAAGAUCUCGGUCAACGAUCGGCGUUGGCCCACCUGCCAGAUCUGCCCCGACUGCUGGAAACCCGGGGUCUGUUAUGAAUUGCAAAAGUAUCGUACUCGUAUAAAUGCAUUACAAAUUUUCUCAGCAUCAAAAAUAAAAUCUGUAAUGCGGAUUUACAUUUACCAUAAAGAAAAAGAUGUGUAAUGCAUGACUGCGAUUACAACUACCCUACGAGUGCGAUAGUUUUGCACAGGAUGUCUGUCCCGCCGCAACGGAAAGCCGCAAAGAGAGCUUCGCUAUCCAGUGCAAAUAUAUCUGCUGGGUCUGGAGAAGUGAUGAAACUUGUGUUGCAUGGGUUGCAUUUGGAUUUUUCCUGAAAACUUUGUAUUGCAUAGCCAGCAGUGGCCGCGACACUUUUUUGUCAUGUAACACAAACGUAGUUUGUCAUGCGUGCUACGAAUCAGAGGGUGAGGAUCGUGUCAUCUGAACUUGUCAUGCUUUUCAACAACGCUUGAAAGCACCAGGCUCGUCCAUACUUUAGCAUCACAAGUUUCCAGACCAAGACUACACAUUUGCAAUGCAUACUCGUCGACCGGGAAGAAGAUUUUCGCGAGGACUUGUUUGGAGGAAAAGACAAAGAUGACAAGCCCGCCCACGAGGUCUCUUGCCAGGACGUGCAGAAUGAAAACAUGCAACUGUCGCAGGCGACCAAGAGCAGCCAGUCUCUGUUGAGCAAGAUCUGUCCAGGAGGAUGCGGUGGCGGAGACGGCAAGGCAGACGAGGAGCUUCUGGAGGAAUCGACGACUGCUGCGCCGGCUUUGGUGGCGUCGAAAGCGAAAAAGUUGGAGGAGGUCUAUGACUAUGCAAUGCAAAAGCAUCGCACUGCUGGUAAUUGCAAUUAUACAAAUUAGCUCAGCAUGGCGAAAAAUGGAAUUUGUCAUGCUGUUUUGCCUUGGGGUUGGGAUGGAGACUUGUAAUGCAUGACUGCGAUUACUACGAGUGCGAUACUUUUGCACAGGAUAAUGACGUGCCGAAAACGAUGCAGUAUUUGCGGAAAAUCUACUACAUCGACCCAGCAAAAACUACAGCAACCGGCACAGGAGAUGAUGCAGCAAAAACUUCCUCCUCCUCCCUGGUCCAAAAACAAAUUCGGCAGCACUUGCAACCCGUGGCCCGGCGCUGGCGAGGACCGGAGCUUCAUUUCUAAAAGGAGGUCAGGAACAAAGUAGAAAUGUAGGACCAUGUUUGGUGCGGAGCGGAGUUGAGGAAGUCAAUCCGUUUGGACCAACAUCUACACAGGAUUACAUCAGGAACGAUUCCUUGCAGCUUCUACUCGAGUAGAACAAUGUCGCUAUUCAACAUCUCUUUUGCGUACGUAACAACGUGAACGUCGUGCGGAUGAAGAUAACUCCUGCAGUUUCGUGCUGUCAGGUCGAAUAUGUACCGCCUGUCUACUACACUGCUAACACUACAGCUACAGGCCGAGAACCCCUGGGACAACGACAAGCUACUCAGAGUGGUUCUCUCAGAAGCAAUUUCAAUUUGCGUGAAUUGAAAGAAAAAAUUUUGAUGAUUAUCUCUCAUUUUCAUCGGUAUCAUCUCUACCUGAAAAUACAAUCUUCUUCUUGUACAAAAAAUGCACGUCGCGAAUGUUGAUUUUUCUGUUGAGGAGAAAUUAAUGCCGGGAAAAGGUCUGCGUCUGUCUCUGUCAGACUUGCUCCUCGGGAGGCGGUUCGGCAUGAUCUAUACACCUUUAUUUGCUUUUGACAAAAAAAAUGUUGUACAACGUAAAGGGAAAUAAAUAUCUCAAUAGCUUUUAGAACACUGCCAAAGGAUGAAACUACAGGAUUUCAAUUUUACAGCCACGACGACCGGGUGGAGAAGUAGGGAUAUGGUUGUGAUUCUUGUUGAGGCGGUCGAGGAAGAGGACGAUACAGGGAUCGAAUACCGUCGGUGACUAGACUUCAAAGAAUACAGAAGAAAGAUUGGAACCGCGAACAAUAAAACCGGUAGAUUGAAAUUGGAAGUAAGAUGAAACGGCAGUCGUCUGUUGAAAAUUAGGUUUGAUAUUGAGAAAAAUUGACAAAAAGAACAAU